GUAGUAUUUCAUAAAACCACUAGAUGGCGGUAGUGAGUUACAGUCUCGGCAGGAGGAAACAGUCGUUUGUUUACACUUGUUGCAAUGGCGACCCUCACUGAGCUAAAGUGUGGUAAGUGCUCUUAAAAAUCGUUAAUCUGCCUUGUUUGUUCAGUUUUAAAUUGAACUAGAUUAGAUUCCCGACAGGUUUCUGUUUCACAAGACCAAUUCGUGAUAUUGUUUUGCUGAGGUAGCGUUAGCUUUCACAGCAACGACAACAAAUCCUUGUGCGUAUAGAUCUCCGUUCAAAAAUCUUAGUAUUUAGCUAACAUGUGGUGUCAGAAACGUGACAUGAUGAAAGUUACAAAACACCUUCUGUAAUAUUGAAUUAUAUCAUGUAGUGUUCAGUUCGGCGUGUAUAAGUAUCAUAUAAGUAAAGCGAAAAAGGAGGUUUACUUAGAUUUAUUCCUGCUCCCGCCACGAACAAGGAAAAACAGCAACAUCAGUAUGCUAGGAAAUGAGUUAGCUCGUUAUGGUUUACUUUAAUCUGUAAUCACUGUGGGAUUCUGCUGCGAGACUGAGUCGUGUUGUAGUCCGCAUUUGACUGUAAGAAAGGCAACAGAAGGAUCUGAAAGCAACCGUGGUUAAAAAUAACUUAGUAGCUUACUUUUGUCUUAUGCAUCUAAAUACUGUAGCCGUGAGGGAAACCUUGGAGUCCCGGGGUGUACUGGGACAGCUGAAGGCUCGUAUCCGGGCAGAGGUGUUCAGUGCCCUGGAUGACCAGCGUGAACCCCGUCCGCCACUGUCCCACGAGAAUCUGCUUAUUAACGAGCUCAUCCGGGAGUACCUGGAGUUCAACAAGUACGGAUACACAGCAUCAGUGCUGACAGCAGGUGGGUGAACAUUGUUUGGUACAAAAGCUCUUUUCUACUCACCAAGACCUUUACCACUGAUUCAUUUAAGCUCUAAUAUUUUAUUGCUGCCUAUGUGGUACAAUGGGCUACUACCUCCUACUUCUCCAAACCAUCUAAUGAAGUUCAUGGAUAUCAACAAGUGCAGGAAUCUUAAAUGACCUUGUAAUACUGAAAAUGUGUGAUCUGUGUUUUCAGAGUCAGGACAACCUGAAGUUCCUUUGGACAGAGAGUUCCUUGCAAAUGAGCUGAAAGUCACAGAGGAUGCAAGCUCCAAAUGUGUGUAAGUGCCGUGCAAUAUUUUAUCAAACAAAAUGUUCAAGUAUUUACAGAACUGUGAGGGUGGAAAAUAAAACCACAAUGCCGUAAAAGUCAGGAAAAGACACAAAAUAUAAUGGUUUGAAAAUCAUCUAGAGUCGACAUUUUUAUGAAGAGUGUGCACAGAGAACAGCAAACUAAAAAGUUGUAUUGUUUUAUGACACUUUGCAAAGAGGAAACCAAAUUUAAAUAUGAUCCCGAAUCUGUGCCCGUUCAAGAUGGACAGAGGCAAACUUUGCUGUGGUUAUGACUAAUUGAAAUUGACAUCCUUUCCCCCAAACUGAAAGGGAGGAGCGAUCUGAUCAGAUGAUGCCUUUUUCAGGUUAGAUCUUGCUUGAUACAGCAAGUAGAUGCCAAACUAUAUCAAGGGUGACAUUUUCAAACCCCGGGAAGCUGGUCGUCUUUGUUCUCAAAGGUUUGGAGAAGGUUGUGAAAAGACAAAGUGAUGCAAUGGUAGGCGUGCGCUUUAUUAGAAACAUGUUGCAAAGCAUGAAUUUAAAAAGAGCAACGAGUUCAGGUCAGAUCUGAUGUCCUUUUUUUUUUUUUUUCAAGUUUUAUUUUUGGGCCUUACUUGUCCUCAUCCACAGAGGUCAUGACAGGGGACAGAGCAGGAUAUAGGGAGAGGGAGAGCGAGGAAUGAUGUGCACAAAGAGGGAUGGAUCCAAAUCCCUAACUGUUAAGCUAUAGCCCCUUGUCUUUGCACUAUUUUCAAUUAAACACUGACUUUAAAAUAGUUGGCAAACAUCAAAUUGUAUUUUAAUCUGAAUUUUAAGAAACUCUGACGCAACUGAGGUUGUAUUUUUGUUGUGAAACACCACUUCCAUCAUUAAACAUCUUAACAUUUACUUUUUACUGGUGAACAACAUUAAUGAAAUCUGUGUCAUAGUUAAACUGUAACAAGCUUUGUUUGAUCGUUGUCUAUUACCUUUUCAGUCAACCCACAUUUCCCUCAGUUGUUUAAAAAAAAGACUGAAAGAGAAUUAAAAAAGUGUCGCUAAAAGACCAAACUGUUUUUUUUCAGACCUCUCCUCUACAGCAUGGUGUCCCAUUUUAUGAACAGCAGUGAUGACAGUGGGAAAGCGUUUCUACGAGGAGCUUCUCUGCCGGCUUCUACUCUCACAAGCAACAAAGUGCCAUGACUUGACGCCUGAGAUUUGAUGCACUGACCCAUGGAUUAAAGAGACACUUUUACGACCUUAUUUUUUAGUGAAAUUGUUGCAGAUUCUUGUUGGUUUUUCUAGACUCACCUACUCAGAGCAUAAGAAUUUUAAUUGCUUCAGACUGUAUGUUGACAACGACCCCCAGCAACGUAUUUGCUGCUUGUUCUUGGUGUGAUGACUGAAUUCAACAGCUGGUUUUGUAUCAGUCAUCAGUGAGUAGAGCGCUCUGCUUGAGGUUAUCCUUGUUAUCAGUUCUCUCCAACAGAAGUUAAGGUUUUAUUCCAUGAUGUGUUCCUUUUAGUUUUUACAAAUGUUUAAAAGUUUUUUUUAUUCUGUUGAAUUUUUUUAAGUAAAUGUUUUCUAUUGGUACAAAA